GCCACAUCGGAAGCGCUGAGCGUCUGAGGAGGGAAGCGGCGGAGCUGCUGUGAAGGGGUGUCGCGAUGUCGGAGAGGAAAGUCCUAAACAAAUACUACCCUCCAGACUUUGAUCCAUCGAAGAUCCCCAAACUUAAACUUCCAAAGGACCGGCAGUAUGUGGUCCGGUUGAUGGCUCCUUUUAACAUGCGGUGCAAGACAUGUGGCGAGUACAUCUACAAGGGCAAGAAGUUUAAUGCCCGGAAGGAGACAGUCCAGAGUGAAUCAUAUCUGGGGCUUCCCAUCUUUCGGUUUUACAUCAAAUGCACCCGGUGCCUUGCGGAAAUCACCUUCAAGACAGACCCUGAGAACACUGACUAUGCCAUGGAGCACGGGGCCACGCGGAACUUCCAAGCGGAGAAGCUGCUGGAGGAGGAAGAGAAGCGGUUGCAGAAGGAGAGAGAAGAUGAAGAGCUCAACAACCCGAUGAAGGUUUUGGAGAACAGAACCAAAGACUCCAAGCUUGAGAUGGAAGUUCUGGAGAACCUACAGGAGUUGAAGGAGCUGAACCAGCGCCAGGCCCAUGUGGAUUUUGAAUCCAUGCUGCAGCAGUACAAGGAUUAUGAGGAGGAGCAGAAGCGGCUGGCGCUGGAGGAGGACGAGAGGGAGAUGAAAGCCAUGCUGGAGCAAGCCCAGGGCAGGCGGUUGCUGGAAGACUCGGACUCUGACGAAGAGUCUGCUGAAGCCCCUGCAAAGCCUUUUCUGAAAGCGAAGCCGACGGACAUCCUGCAGGAGGACUCGGAGCCCCAGGCCAAGAAGCAGAAGGUGGAAUCCUGGGAGCGGAGCAUCGGCAAGCUGUCUGGAAAGGAUGUGCUCUCGGGGCUGGUGGUGACCAAGAAGAAGCCAAACUGCAGCCCUGCCAAUGGAGCUGGUGCUCAGAAUGUGCUGGGGGGCUCAGGUGUUGGAAGUCAGAGCACAGAGGCUGGCGAUUCUUCGCGGUCUUCAGGGUCAAGAAUGCUGGGCUCUUCACUUAGCCUUCUGGGAGCAUACUCGGACAGCGAGGACAGUAAGAGCGAUUGACUGCUAUCCCGAACUUGGAGGAAGAGCCCGUGGCCCCAACUUUGCCCCAUUCCCUUUGUGGAAAAUGAAUCCAGUCGCCGAUGGAGCGGAGAAAACAAGAGAAUUUCUGACCAUCUGCAAGAGGCAUGUUUGUUUUUUGCUUUUCACGGACACUUCUGCUGUGAAAACAGUGUUUUUUUAGAACCGACCCAUCCCUAUGGCACCUUGGGUGCCAUUCACUGGUCAAUACCUUCUGCUGCACUUCUCUGUCACUGGUGCUGAUAACAACAAACAACAGUUGCAGGAAGCGAAUCCUUUGAUGGAGGAACUGAUGGAGAUUUUCGGGUGCUCAUGUGCUGCUUUUGGCUAAGUUCCCAUUGGCAUUUUAGAGAGAAAGCCAAGCCAUCGAGGAUCAGGUGACUGGUGCAGAACUGUCUCUGCCCCUAGCGAGGUAGGAUCCCCCUGGCAGACAAAGUGGGGAAACUGCCUCGUAAGAGUUAAUAAAUCCUUCCCAAUCAGCAGCUAACAAAGGGCUGUAAAGCUCAGCUUCAUCACCUCAUAAUUUGGAUUCAACAGAACAGAGCAAGAUGCUUGACUCGCCACAUGUUCGAGAAGGAUUCUCAAGGAUUUGGGGGAAAUCAGCAUAAUCCUAUAAACAGAUUGUUCAUGCAGCCCUCAAAGAUCAGGAGGGAUAUGUUGGGGGGGGGGGCAGAGAGAGAGGGGCAUUGCGGGACAGCUGCCUACCUGUACACUUGAGUUUGAUGGGAGUUUUCCCCCUUCCUUCUGUAUGGCAUAUAUGAAUUUUAACGUUCAAGUAAAUAGACUCUCUUCCAACUCAGUCACGUCCCCCUUCUUCCCCUCUUUAUCCUCCGUCUGUAAUGUCUACAUUGCCUUGCACUGAUUAUGGGAAGGCUUCAGUCAUUGGUUGACCAGGCUGGUGUAAUGUUACAGAACGUUCAUGAACUCUCCAACUAUUCUGGCCCUGAAGGUGCUGGGAGUGUUUGCCGUCCAGCUUGUGGAACGGGAAAGGGAAAUCUUGUCGGUUUUGCUGCGCUUAAAACUACAAGAACUGAAGGUGGAAACCCACGACCAAGGGAAUCAAAAACAGUCAGAUAAGAUGUAGGUACAGAUACAGUUUAAAUAU